UUGUGAUGUUAUAAAAUUCAGUUGUACCCUGUCUUCACAGGUUUUCUCCUUUUUAAUGAUGUUUUAAAUAAAAGCUCUUUGUUUCAGUCCUCCCUUUUUCUUAUCAAUCCUCUUUCAGUUUCUCUUCUCUCUCUCUCUCUCUCUCUCUCUCUCUCUCUAUCUCUCUCUCUGAGUGUAUGUGCCAGAGAUAUGAACAGUCUGGAACAGUUACAUAACAUGAUGUCCAGCCCUUCACGUCUCUGCAGUCUUAGUCACUUUUUGGCCAGUGUACACUACACUCCGACCUUUCUGUGUUUAAUAAACACUGCGUACACAAAUGUAUACAUAGUGGAUGUCUUCUGGCUGGAAGGAUAUAGUGAAGCUGAGGAUGCAGACACUCUCUUUCUUGAUAUUAGGUAACUAGGAGGAAAUCCGCAGUCUCCUCACACACACUCACCCACACACUCUGUUCUCCCCCUCCUCCAUCACCAUGGAAAAGGCAGAACAGGGCAUGCAAUAUUCCAUCAAAUCUCAUGUAAUACUGCUGUUUCACACUAUCAUAAUCAUGCAAAUAUGUCAUCAGAUGAAUGGAUAGAUAGAAUUUUUGGAUUAAGCAACAGGUGUAAAAGAGAAAUUGCUAUUUAAAUCUAAAAACUAAGAUUGAAUUCUGUAUCCCGAUUGGAUUUCUUUGUUUGAGGUGAGGAGGAAGGCUGUAUUUUAGUGAAAUCACGGAUGUUUUUUUUUUUAGUGGAAUUUUAUUCCCUCUUACUGAUUAAUACACCCUAGUUUCUAGGAUCUCCUGUCUAAUUAACGCCCUUGAAAUUUCUCCUUUUUACAGCAUCCCUGUCUUUAUCCUUAGGUUAUUCUUGAUCUCCAGCUGGAGAGCACCGGAAGCACAUCCUUAUAUAGGCCAGGAUGAGGAGAGGAGAUUUCCCCGACGCUUAGCUCCUCGCCCACUUGCUUCAUUGAAAUGCACAGCCACGCUAUCACUGCGACGCCCACGCGCUCUCUAUCACACCGAAGAGCGCGAGAAUCCCCGACUCAUCUGCCAGGAAAUAGCGUCACUGUGUUAGUGCUCUCACGUUAUUGCACACAGUCAAAGCUGCGUUCACGGUUAAUGCAGCACGGCUGCAUGGAGUGCAUCGUGACAAAGUUAGGCAAAGGUGAUCUUACACCAUAGCUCCAACACGUACUCAGAAUGUGCACCAUUAGUGACGUCACGGCAAAUCAGCUCUGCGCUUUCUGAGUCUUUCAGCACCACGGACAGCGGUGACUCACUCUCAUUCUCUCUCUCUCUCUCUCUCUCUCUCUCACACACACACAAACACACACACACAAAGACACACAGACACACACAGAUACACACACAGACACACACACACACACACACAGACACACACAGACACACACACACUAUAAAGUAAUAUAAUAAAGUCUUCUAAAUCGUUCUGCUUUGCUAUAUGGAUGUGCACCACAUCCCCAUCACAUGGCAUCACAUCAAUUAUCCGUGAUUUCCCAUAAGUAGCAGGAGUGAUUGCCAGUCACCACACUGAUCCACAGCCUCUCCUCUCUCGCCGUCGCAGUGGGCGGGGUGAAAGAAUGCGGUAUUUUUGUGAAUGAAAUUACGCCAGUUGAAUCUGGCUCGAGGCGCUUCGUGAUUGGCUGUGCAGGGGGAACUCAGCCCCCUUCGUCGUAACUGACGUCAUAAAGGAAUCAAUGAAGGUAGAGCAGCCCAUCAGACUCGGGUGUUACACAGAAGAGCUCACGAAGACUACGGAGAAGACAAGACAAGGAGAAGAAGAAGAAAAAGAAAAAGAAAAAGAGCACUCUUGCGCUUUGGCAUUGGAAAGACACGCACCCUGGAUUUGCACGCAGAGCUGCGGGACUCUGACUUUCAGACCGUGAUUUAGGUCGAGCUUGGAUUUCAGCUCUCACUUUGCUUGGAUGGUAGUCUACUGAAGGGAAAAACUGUCCUUGAGCAAACUCGACCACUUCAAUAUGGCCCUUAAUGACUCUGACGUGGGCUUGGAGGUUGUCUUUGAGAUCGACCCCCUCCUGCAGCUCUCUGAUAUCGGCCUUACACCUGACCCCAUGGUGUCAGUGGUGUUGAGUCCAUGGGACGUGGCCCUGUGUGUGUCGGGAGCCCUGAUUUGCUGCGAGAAUGCAAUCAUCAUAGCGACCAUCCUCUCUUCAGCGUCUUUGCGGGCACCUAUGUUCCUGCUCAUUGGUAGCUUAGCUUGGGCAGACUUCCUGGCAGGUGUGGGACUGCUGCUAUACUUUAUGGCUCACUGGUGUGUGUCCUCGAGGGGACUGGAGCUGGCUAGUGUGGGUCUACUGGUAAGCGCACUCAGCGCAUCUGUUUUCUCCUUGCUGGGCAUUACCCUAGACAGAUUCCUCUCUCUCCACCGAGCCCUGACGUAUGGCUCACGCCGCACACACACGCACACUCGCUGUGCUCUGGCAGUGGGAUGGGCUCUGGCAGGCCUGCAGGGGGCUCUUCCUGCUUUAGGCUGGAACUGUCUGGACGAUGGACAGUCAUGCAGCGUAGUGUGGCCGCUGACCCGAGUGCAUUUGGCUACACUGUGUGGGGGCUUUUUGCUGGCCCUGGCUUUGAUGCUGCAGCUCAAUGCCUGGAUCUGCCAAGUUGUCUUGCGCCACUCCCAUCAGAUUGCUCUACAGAGACACACGCUGCCCUCUGCACGCACACACACACGCCGACGUGUGCACACUCUUGCCCUCAUCCUUGCCAUCUUCGCUAGCUGUUGGAUCCCCUUUGCCCUGUAUGGUCUCCUAGGAGAUGGAUCAUCACCUGGCCUAUACACAUAUGCCACUCUGGUGCCAGUCACAGGAAACUCUCUGCUCAACCCCUUGAUUUAUGCCUACAGAAACACACAUAUACAGCGUGCACUGAGGCAGGCCUGCUGCUGCUGCCUACCGAACUCAUUUCACAAAAACACACACACGCCAAGUGACGUGUAAUGACGUCAGAAAUAUGCCAUUUGGUGCCAUGAUAGAUCAUGCUUUAAUUAACUUACUAGACUCAAACACAUAUGCACAUGCACUGCCAGGCAAAAGUUUGGACACACUAGCUUGAAAAUACUGUAUAUUUUUCAUCAUUUAAAAUAUAUUUUUAUAAAGUCUUAUGACCUGAAAUUUAUGUCUAAGACAAAUAUUGAGGUUAAUGCCCACAUAUUAACUUAUUUCUGAAUUUUUACUCAAAACAAGUAGUUUUCACUAAAUUGUUUAAAUUAUUUCUCCUCCUGGGUAAUGCUCCCUUAUAAAGAUGGUUUAGAAAAAGCCAAGAGUGUGCAAAUCUUCAUAAGGAACACUGUUAAGAAUUUAAAAAACUAGUUUUGGAAUAUAUAUAUAUCAUAUUUCUGGGUCGUUGCAUAAUUACGUAUGUGUUAUUUCAUAGUGGUUAUGUAUUCAUUAUUAUUCUAAAAUAGUUAAAAGGAAGAAAACCCUUCUAUGAAAAGGUGUGUCCAAACAUUUGACUGGUAGUGUCCUCAUUACUGCCUCCUUAGGAAACUGUGCAAGUAGCCAAGACUUCCGCCUGACUUGUGAUACGAGUCACAUGAAUCUGAUGUCUCACUCACAGACUCUCCUGCAACAUGUGUGUACUGUCUUGUAUACGUCUUCUGUUCUUUCUGUUUCUGUUAUAAAAACACGUGAUAAAACUGUGCUCAUCUUUCAUUUUCUAUACACCAAGAACACAAAUGACCAACACAGCAGUAGAUUUUCUACUAUAAAAAAAUAAAAGUAAGAUUAAAAAAAAGCUUUAAUAAGAGUUGUAAUGCAUCAAUUGUCUUCAAUUUGUGCCUGAUAUUUUCAGACUCUGACAUUCAGAGAUACUACUGGAAUUUAAAAAAAAAAAAAGCGCACUUUACAAUGACUUGACAAUUUGUACAAAUGUAAUUUGAAUGUUAUUGUUCCAUUUAUUUAUUUAUUUAUUUACUGACUGAAUUACUUGACAUUUGUUAAAAUGAUGAUGGAUGAAUUCUUUUAUACUUCAAGUAUGUACUGUUUGCACAGAGUGCACAAAUGUCUACAUUGAUGAGUGAAUGUGUUCUUUUUUAAAUGAAGUGUUUUGAGAUGAUCUAUGUGUUGUUUGUAUAAGAAAAUAAAUAAUGAUUUUGAGUAAAGUUAUUGCUAUUUUACUUCAUUUUAAUCACGCAUAGCAAUGUCACAGUUUGUUAGGAAAAUGAUUGUGCUAUUCCUCAGGUCAUAUUUGAGGGAACUAUACAUAUAACCCUCACAAAUAUCCAGAUCCAAAUUUAUAGCAAUUUAUGAAAUAUUCCACAUAUGUAUUUCAAUAUGUGUAUCAAUACUAAUAUAAGUGGAUUAUUCAAAAAAGCUCUAUUUUUUUAAUACUCAGCAAAAAUCAGAGUAAAUGAAAAACAUGAAAUAGGAUAUGAAGGAGAAAAAUCUAAACUUAAAAUAUUUUAGCUACAGGUGAUUGAAAACAGUCAGUGCUAGUUCUACAGUUAAGCUUCACUGAUAGCCUCUGAAAGGUUGUGAAUGCAAAACCCAGGGCUGCCAGAAAGCCAGUGUUAGGUCUUUGACCCCCAGCCAGAUUAGUUGCAUUCAAGGCCAAUCCACUGACCCUGAAAUACAUGGUUUAAUAUUUUAUGGUAACACAUCUGACUCAACAGUUCAUUACCAAAGCUAAUUUGAUGUUAAUCAGGGUGCAAGAGUAGAGAACUCACAAAAAUAAUGCAAUCUAACUAUUUACUAAUCUGCAGGAAUAAUUUUAAAAGAUACAGUCUAACAUCAAUACAAGAUCCACGUUCAGUAUUCUAUUUCAAUAUAAGGUACAAUAUGUCGUACCAGCAUUGGUCACGGGGUAUUUUUAAGCUUAAGCUCACAGUGUUCUUAGAGAAAAAUGUUACUUCUUCACAGAACAAUGGCUGUCACGUUAUAAUCAGAUUUCUUACCUUACUCCCACAUCAAUCAAUGGAAAGGAACCUCUACAGAAUCAGAGCUGACCAGAUAUUGUUUGGGUGAUGGAGCACACUCAGGUAUGUGCGUCACUGGUAUAAGUGUAUCAGGCAAAGCAACAGGCUACAAAUUGUACACAGCAAUGGGUAAGCUGCAGAAAAAAAAAUGCUCAUCUACAUUUGUUAGUUAAACUACACAUACACUCACCACCACUUUCUUAGGAAUAACAUACUAAUACUG